UCGAAUACCUUGAUUUCCCCCCAGAGACCCUUAAAGUGGAUGUUCAGCCUUAUCUGACCGUGGAGAAUGAAAAUGUCCUUUAGCUACCUCGCAUGUUUUUGACUUCCCUUAGAUGCCUUUUCCCUUUUCGUCCCCAGUACGUUGUCUUGACCUUUACCCUUUUUGAGUGCAUGUGGAGCUACACAGCGCACUUCCGCGUCUGACUUUGUACGGUGCUUUUAGACGGAGCUCCACACAUACCCGUGGGAUCAGAACUGAGUGCACAAUGUCUGCUGUGAACAGCCGCACGUUUGAGGACGUCAAAGCUGUCAUCGUGUCAUGUCAUCAAAGCUCCACGCCAUCUGAGAAGAUAUCCUUCUACAACAACUGGGCCAAUUUCUAUGAGCAGGAUGUAGCAGUUCUUGACUACCGUGCACCCAGUCUGGCAGCCAAAGCCGUCGCGGCCCACUUUGGUGGCGAGCGCCAAGACGCCCUUGUGUUGGACGUUGCCUGUGGCACAGGAAUGGUGGCCAAAAUGAUGACGAAAGAUGGAUUUCAACAUUUCGUGGGUGUGGAUGCAAGUGAGGCGAUGCUGCAGCAGGCCUCAGAGAGUGGACUGUACCAGGACCUGAAGCUGGCUCUGCUCGGAGAGGAGCCGCUUCCUGUUCAAUUAGGUCACUUUGACAUAGUCCUGGUCGUUGGUGGUCUGAGCAUGGGUCACUUAGAGGUGAAGGUCAUCAGGGAGCUGUGCCAGGCUGCCAGACAGGGCGGUCUCAUCUGCAUGACGACCAGGAGUAACCCUGGCAACUUGAGCUACAAAGCGGCCUUGGAGGACGAGAUAAAGCAGAUGGAAGAGGAGGGACUGUGGUGUGGCGUUGACGUCACAGAGGAGAAGGAGUGGGAGCGAGCGGUGAACGAGCACGAGGAGGGCUACAUGUCUGGAUGUGUUUAUCUUUUUAAGAAGCUUUAACUGUGACAAACACUGUCGGUGUUUACUGUACUCAAUAUGAUGAUGAAUAAA